AUUCCAGGGGUGGUUAGGUUGAUUUUGUAGCUGUAGGUUUCGGAAUGAACUCCUCACUUGGUGGCAGCAUGUACUACAGUUCAGAAGACAUGCUCCCUUACCGAUGUCCCUCGUGUGGCAGUUCGAAACGCUUCCGAAGCCUCGUUGCUCUUCGUAUGCACAUGUCUAUCAUACAUGACAUAUCUACAGGCAACAAUGGUAACCUGACAAAUGAAUCAACUGACCUCUUGGAAAAAAGUGAGACAGAAGGACCAGAAAGAGUGAAAGUGGGAACAAUAGAAGAUGUACCUUCCAGCAAUGCAGUUGAUGCCAUCUUUAACAAGUAUUCUGGCAGAAUGGACAACAUACUCGGAAAAUAUGACAGCAAAACAAAGCAGAUUGCUAAUAGAAUAAAGAUGGCAAAGCAACUGGAACAAAUAAAACAGCAGAAGAGAGAUUUAAAUAUGAUUCGAACAAACUGGGAAACUGUUCAUGGAUUGUCUCAACUUGUUGAAGAAACUGACAUGCUUAUUAACUCAAGACCCGAUAAGUCCUCUCCUAACCCUCCUCUGCAUUCAACAUCCAAUCUAAGUCCUCAGUCGAGUCUUCCUCAACCUCAUACUUCCUCCCAUGCUCCUCAAGAUGAUUAUUUGCUCCGGAGGCAAGUGGAUGCAGGAGUUGCUCUUGCAGCCAAAUACAAAACUUUAGCAAUUGAAGCCGAGCAUAAACUUCAAGAAAAAAUAGAAGAGGAGCAUCAUAUGAAGCAAUUCAUUCAAGUUGUAGCGAACAAAGAACGUCAUGCUAAGAAAAAACUCUCUGAAUUAUUAGAAGAAAUUUUGGAACGUGCUGAGACAGCUGAACAACAACUUGAGUCAUACAGGGGCCCUUCCAGUACAAGAAACCACCACCAGCUACCUAGAAGAUCAUCUUUACCUGGUAAAAGCAACACAAAGUCUCAACAUUCAAACAACAGAAGACACAAACAAAGAGAAAGGUCUAAGACAAGCGCAGGUUCAAUAAACUACACACCACGAUCUAUUGACUCUGGCAUUGCAUCUCCACACCAUGCUAAUAACUCAAACACACAAUCAACAUUAAACAACAGCGGUGACCGGACAUCUCCAGUAGAUCCGUUUAUUUUAUCGGUCCUCGAGCCCCCAAGCAGCCAGGAGUUGAAACGAAAGUGGCCACCACGAGGUGGGGACAAAGAGCAGUUAUACGGAGUCGACACGUCACAUUUAGUUGACGGAAUGUCACUGUUCCCAUUUUCAAACAGAAUCACUAACAACAAGAAGGCUCAGUCGUCAAGUUUUGCUUCUGAUCGUCGAGUUGUACUUUUUUGUAUUUUUUCACGAAUGAGAAACGUCGACUUGCUCUCUAUGGCCCUCGUGUGUCGGGAAUGGCGAGACGUAGCGAGACAUUCUCAACUUUGGAGUCGAAUUCGUUUUGACAAUCUUCGUAUGGAAGGGAAGCUACUGAAGAGAAUAUCAGAAUGGUCAUCGGAAACUUGUUACCUUCACUUACACAACAUAAGUCUUCUGCCUUCUAACAUGGAUGCUCCAGAUACAGAAACAGGUUGUUUGGAGGAAGGGUUAGAGAUGAUCCUUAAAAGAUGCGGAGACAAACUCCUCGUGCUGGCGAUCGAUAGAUGCGACCCGGUGAUCACAAGUCGAGUGAUGUGGCUCGUUAGUUGUUACAAUCGCAAAAUUCGAAAUAUUGUUUAUCGAAGUUCGAUCGACCCUCUUUGCCACCAGGUGGGGUGGUCGCUCGGUUCUGCUUGUCGGGAUAUCGUGUCACUUGAGGUCGCCCCAGUACAACCAUGCCCAGUUCCAGGUAUGUUUGACAACAACGUGGCUCGCUUGCUAAGUUGGUGUUGGCCACAGUUACAAGCAUUAAGUUUUGGGGGAAUUAAUAUUGAUGGGGCAGGUCUUAUAUCUGUUGGAUUUGGAGCAAGAUCCAAAACACGGUCACGUGGUCCACGUCGAAUGCGAUUAAUUUAUGACGUCAUUGCAUUGUAGUUUCAUUUAUCGACUCUCGAAAAUCGCAAAACUAUCUCUUUAAUUAUUCCGAAUUAUUUACACAUUGCCCACAAACCAUCAUCGUAUUUCUAGCAAUAGUCGUUUAGUAGGGUGGGGUAAAACGGGACACCUUAGCACAUAAUACCUAAAUUUUCUGAUCGUGUUUUGAACAAAUAACAACGGUCUAUGGGAGUUGUAAGGAUAUAGUUUUAUAAUUCUUUGAAUUUUCUUUGUUUACUACCAAAUGGGACGGGAAAAUAGAAUGAAAAAGUGUCCCUACUUCCCCCACCCUACUAUACAUAUAUUAUAUGUGUAUGUGUGUCGGUGGUAAUCAGUUCCAUAUUGUAGCUUUUUAAUGAUAUUUAUUCCAUUUUAUUUCUCCACGAUCAAGUACUAGUCUCACACUUGCCCUUUAACGUACUUCAUAUUUAGCUACGCGUAUUUUAUAAUCAUUUGCACACGCUUUGUCCAAAAAGCAUAUUUUUACAGAAAAUAGCAAUAGUUAUCGCUAGGCACUUUUCACUGUAGAAUUCAUAUAUCUAUUUAUAUAACAUCGGUACGGGUUUAUACCUUUGGUGGUUCUGUUUACAGCCAAUUUCAACUGGUUGGUGCAAUAUAUUGGCAGUAGUUUGUUGGGUGGCGGUACAAUUAUGUAGGGUGUUACGUCUUUACUAUGUAAACGUAAAUGGUGUAUAUGUCUAGAGUCGGGAGUUUUAGUAGGUAAAUCUGACCUUUAUUAUGUACUGUUAUUUGUGGUGUUAGUUUGUCGUCCAUAUUUUGGUAAUAAAAGUGAAAAGAAU